CGGCUGCUUUUGCACCGGGUGUCUCGCGCCGUUUGUGUGCUCACGAGAAGAUGGUGUUGUCAACAUCACAACAAGUCGCCCUGGCUUUCACGGCCGUGCUUUUCACGUUUGUCGUCCUGCCCAGGAUGUUUGGCGUCGGCGGCGGGACCGGGUCGAAGGAAACGCGGUUUGACCCUCGGUACAGCCGAAAAGCAGGUCCAGGCCCGGGUGCAGUGAGAGGUCAGCCCAUCAACGUGAAUGGCCCCGGCUCAUCUCAGAGCCCUGAGAACAUGCAGCAGAUGAAAAAGCUGAUGGAGCAAGAGCUGAAGAGCGACAAGUACAAAUCCACCAAUAACAAGGGCUACGUGUUCACACUGAUGCCUCUGUACGCCAUCGGAGUCGGAGUGUUUGCAGCCUACAAGUUUCUAAAGAUUAAAUCUGCAGAUGACCAGGCCCAAAAAGACAAAUUUGCAAAAGGAGCCAAAAAGUCAGUGGAGGCAGAGAACCAGUUGAACGAGCUGGAACAAAGGCUUGCGCAGACAGAGAGGAUGCUCAAUUCCAUCCUGACACAGCUCGACCCACUCACUAAUUGUGUGAAGUCAGUGGCACAGGAGCAGAAGAACGAGAUCAUGUCUCAGCUUCAGACCAUACGGUACCUGAUGAAGAAGAGAGGAAUGGACUGUCCACCCCUGAACAUCAACGAGUCAUCCUGCGAGCGUAACCUGGACGAGCUCAUAGAGUCACUGGGAGCCAGUGACUCCACCUUGGCAGUGGGAGCUUCUCUUGAGGACAAGCGGAGCUCUCCAGGAGCAGCGGAGGCUUCCGAAAAAGUUUAUCAGAAGAGUUCGGAAGCUAAAGAUGAAGCUGCCACAGAAGGCGAAGAGAUGAAGGAGCUCGUACCAGAGGAAUCGGAUGCAGAAGCAGAGGAGGAAGGGAAUGCAGGCAAAGAGGAGGGAGACGAUAAAGAGGAGGAAGAAGAAGGAUCGGAGGAGCUCAUGCCUUCACUAGAGGACUCGUAUGAGACAAACAUUGAGGAGGUGGGAGCGGAGCAGCCUGUGUCCGGCCUCAGGAGACGCAACAGGCCAGACUGAACUCCCAAGCAAGACUUGUGCACUUUACAGAAACGUGACAGAUUAUUAUGAAUAUUUAUUACCUGAGAGGCUUUCAUUCCAAAAGGCCCGCUACAUAUUUAUCAAAAUCACAUAUUGCAUUCAUCAGAAACUAUCACGUCAGGAGGAAAGCUCUGACACAGUGAACACGCGGCUCUAUUUUCCUGUUUCACUCAAAAGAAUCGGCACAGACGUGUGCACAAGGUCACUGAGGUCAGUGAGGGUGGGUCCAAGUUUAUCUGUAAAGUGGAUUUGGUGAUUUUACGGUGAGCCACAUUACUUGUCUCAUAUCUUUUAACCCUUUAUAACCUGGAUAGAUAUUGGUUUUUUUUCCUGUGCCGCACUCAGAGGACUUUCACAAGCAGGUAAACCUUUUGAAACUUGAGAAAAUAGGUUUAUUUUGUUAAAAACAUGAGGGAAAAAAAACAACAAGAAAACAUAAUGAGCAACUUGGCAAGAAAUGUCCCGUCAAUUGCAAAAAUUUUGAAAAAUUUGACAAGGAGAUGAUGAUUUGCUGGGGAGAUUAUCAGAUAUUAUCAACAACAACAAACAUAGGGGGAAAUUUAUAAUUCUGAGUUUAAAAUCAUGUUAACAUAUGUAUAUGCGGCACUGUCUUAAGAUCAUGUUCUUGUUUGUUUUGUCUUUUUUUCUUUUUUUGUGCUUAUUUUCAGGUAAUAUUUUUCUAACUUUUUACAAAUUCUGUGCCAUUUUUUGGCCAUUUCUUUGUUGCUUGUUGUCUUCCCAUGUUUUUGAUGCAUUGGUGCGUGAAAAAGAAGAUUCACCAAGCCGCAAAUAUGGGCCCAUUAGUGAUGGGUUGUUAACCCUUUGAAACCUGAGCAGAUUUGUUUAAUUUCUCGCAAAAAAAUGAGGAAAACGGCAAUUCACUACCUUUGCAAGAAUUCUGAGUGUCAAUUGUGAGAAAAUAGUACAAAACAAAAUUACCUGGAAAUUAGUUUUAAAAAAGGAAGGGGGAUAAUCAGACAAUUAUC